UCUGUGUUUUUUUCUUCUCUCUUAAAAGAAUCUAGGGUUUUUUCCUCAGAGGUGUUUCCAAAACUACUAGGGUUUCCAUUUUCAUUUCUACACUUGAGGCUAAUUUUUAUUAGAUCAAUUUGUAAAAAGUCAAGGGUCUGAUAUUCAAGGGUUCUCUUUAAUUUAAAUUUAGGUUCGCGUUUGAUUAAAUUUGGGGAUCUGUUGAAGAUUAUUUCGAAGUCUGAUGGUUCAGUUGAUGAAUUCCGGAAAACUUCGAUCUGAAUCUGACACUAUGUGUCGGAAUAAUAAGUUGUCUGUUAAAUUAGAGUAUGAAGAUACUUCAGAGGAUGAACAUGGUCCACUUAAUAAGAGAUCUAAGUUUGGUCCUCGUUUUCAACAGCAAUGGGAAGCUGAAGCUGGUACUACUGUGGCUCAACCUUCACAAUACAAUCCACUGGACGUACCUAGUCCGUUGGGUUUACGGCUGCGAAAGAGUCCAUCCCUGCUAGAUUUGAUUCAAAUGAGGCUUGCCCAAGGGAACCCUUCUAAAUUAGGACCUGGAGAUGGGGAGAAUCUUGAUGGGAAGAAGGAUAGUAAGGGUUCGCUUGCCUCCGGCAGUGUUGACAAACUUAAGGCAUCAAACUUUCCUGCUACACUUUUAAGGAUUGGAACUUGGGAGUGUGUGUCAAGAUAUGAAGGUGAUUUAGUGGCAAAAUGUUACUUCGCAAAGCAUAAACUUGUUUGGGAAGUCCUUGAUGGUGGUCUUAAGAGUAAGAUGGAAAUUCAAUGGUCCGAUAUACUGGAUUUGAAAGCAAACUGUCCUGAGACUGGUCCUGGGACACUGGAUAUAGUGCUGGCUAGGCAGCCACUUUUCUUCAAAGAGACCAAUCCACAGCCUAGAAAACAUACCUUAUGGCAAGCAACUUCAGAUUUUACUGGUGGUCAAGCCAGUUUACAAAGGCGGCAUUUUCUGCAGUGCCCACCAGGCUUGCUAAGCAAGCAUUUCGAAAAGCUUAUUCAGUGUGAUCCUCGUCUGAACUGGUUGAGUCAACAGCCAGAAGUGGUGUUGGAGUCUCCGUUCUUUGAACCAAAGGGUUCUGUCUUUGAGGAUCUAAGCGAGUCUAAGUCCCAUGUGUUUGAUAAACCUAAAAAUGAGUUCACGUCUACUUAUUCUGGUUUUGUGGAUGAGUUGUCACCACCUGGCCCCCAGUCAUCUUCCCCAAAGAGCGAAUUGCCAGAUGCUGUUGGUAUCUCAGAAGAACUCAUGUCUCGAGAAACUCCGUCCCCCAGUUCAGUGAUGGACACCCAUAGAAUGGAAGACACUGGGAGCAGUGAACCAGAAGUGUCAAAAGGGUUACCGAGUCAUUGGGAUCAACUUAAAGUUCCUGGAAUUCGUCCAUCCAUGUCGAUGAGUGACUUAGUGAACCACAUUGGAAAUUGCAUAUCUGAGCAAAUGACCUCCGGUAAUCCCCUUUUCUCUGAAGGAUCAGAGAACAAAGACAUGCUUGACGAGAUCACACAGUAUCUACUCAGUGAUACUCAAAAUGCAUCAGCUUCUGACGAGAAGUCACUCAUGUCAAGAGUCAAUUCUCUCUGCUGUCUUUUACAGAAGGAUGCUGUGCCAAUCCAGAACUCCCAGGUUUAUUGUGAAGACGGAAAUGAAGGUGGAAAACAUACUCAACCAAGGCUUGGUACCGAGUUAACCCGCAACAACAAGUGUAUUGAUCUUUUCCCAGGUUCUGAUGGAGAUUUUAGUGAUUCUCCCGGAAACAAGCCGGGUAUGUCGAGAAAAGACUCCCUUGGGGAUUUGUUGCUGCAUCUUCCUCGCAUUGCGUCUUUACCACAGUUCUUGUUUAACAUCUCUGAAGACGGUGAAACCCAAGCUAGAUAGGAUAUAGAUUCUGAACCCCACAUCUUACUCAUUGACUUCUGUAAAAAAUGUACCGGUGGAUCUGUUUCUUACUUUUCCAUUGUUUGUUACCUCUCUUACUAUAUGAAACCACUGGAGUUGGUGUGCAUAGCGUGUGGAAAUGCUGGGAUUCAGAAAUUUGUUUUGAUGAAGAAUCCUUUCAAAUCCUAUCAUGAAAUUGGGAAUCGGGCAUCCAUCUGAAAUGCCCUUGUAAUUAGUAUUUCCCAAAUUUAACUUCUGAAACAUAUGUUGUAUGUGUGAAAUUGUUUAUUCUUGGAUAUGAUUAUGUGAUGUUAUCAUGAAUGAAGAAGAUAACAAAUUGGAGCA